AUGGACGCUGGCGACGAGGUCGGGGUCCCGGUCGUCCCUCUCGACGACCUGCCCAAGCCGCCGCCGGCGACGACGUCGAUCGUAUCGCUCCUGCGCGCGGAGAAGGCGAUCGUCCAAGAGAUCAAAGCCGAGCUCCAGAGCAUUGAAGCCAUCCUCGACGCGCCCAAGACGGCGCCGGCAGCGACCAAGCCGCAGCUGAGCCCGUCCUCCAAGCAGCGCUGGCGAGCUACCGUGCGCCAGAUCAUCUUCAUGGAGAAGACCAAGGGAAAGGUGCAGCAAGCGCAUGGCGCCGAGAGCAUCGAGCGACUCCAAAAGUCGUCGUCCAUGUCCUUGCUCUGCUGCCUGCCGCAGCUCGCGCGCUUGGACGCCAAGGAGCUCCGCGACGUGAACGCAGCCGCGCGCCUCGAGACGUACGCCCCGCGUGCCGUCGUCUUCUCGAGCGCGUCGGCAAUUGACGUCAUCUUUGUCGUGCGCACCGGCGUGCUCGAAGCGCGGGUCGCGUCCAGCCCCGCCGCCAACGACCUCCUGGCCGACCGACUGCAGUACGUCAGCGGCGACAUGCUCGACCCGUACGAGAUGCUUGCGUCCAGCCCGACCUUGUCCAUCGUGGCCGUCCUCGCAGCCGACUGCUACGUCAUUCCUCGCACGGUUCUCUUCCAAUACGAGGACAAGCUGCCCAAGGCGACAUUGUCUGCGAAUCUGCACAACAUCCGCUACGGCGACAUGGAGAGCGAGAGCUUCCGGAGAUGGGCCCACGAAAUGGCCGGCUGCUUGCACUACGGUUCAACGUCGUCGAGUAGCCGCAUGUCGCCGCAAGCCUUCAUCCGCGAGAUCCUCCUCUCCGUCUCGCCCGAGCUCGACGUCGACCACUGCAUUCGCGCCGUGCGCUUCUACCUCGCGAACGUGGAUAGCACGCAGUUUCACAUCAAAUUUACCAGCGACGACGGGUUUCAGAAGCUCCAGACGCCCGUCAACUUUGGCGUACCCGGCGCCGUGCACGCAAGUGGCAAAGCCUUCCUCGGGCGAUUCGACGACCUCGCCGCGAUUGCCCACGACCCGAUCAUGUACGCGGCCUGCUCUUCCAUCAUGGCCGUGCCGGUCGCCCAUGCCAGCCACGUCGUCGGCGUCUGGGAACUUCUCGAACUUGCCGCGCAGUUUACCCAGCCGUAUUUGCUCCAAAUUGGCACCAAGACGCGGCACCUCGGGUCCGUCUCGCAGGUCGCGAAGGACUUGGCCAUCAAGCCGGGCACGAUCCGGCUCGCGACCAAGGCCAGCCGCAUUCAAGUGCGCAUCGAGCUCGUCCACGGCGAAGCGUCGCUGACGCCGCCGGUGACGUCAACGUGGAUCAAAGCCACAUCAGCGUCCAGUGUCCGGACCUUCGAGUGCCUCGAGACUCUUGUCCUUUCCUGCAACGUGCAGUCGCUGCCGCGCGCCGCUCACCUCUGCGUUUCGAUUCUCGGAUCGCAAAAGAAGGUGCUUCGUCAAACUGCGUGCUACCUCUUUUCGUUUGAUCAUUUUCUGCGGGUGGGCACGCUGCGGCUGCGCCUGCAUGCGCGCGUGAGCUUGCCGAUCGAGUUUAGCGCGUGCCUUGAGUCGACCGAGCAUCCUGACGAUGGCCUCGGCGAGUGCAUUUCCCUCGAGACGCCGCCGUCGUCCGUCUUGCUUACGUACCGUAGCACCGAGAUGGCGUGGGCGCGGCCAACGUCGGUGGUUCCCAUGACACUGGACGCCAAACAAAUGCAAGUGCUCGGAACGUUCGAGGCCAACCCAAUGCAGCCGCUCUCAGCCGACGACCGGCGUUUCUUUUGGAUCUACCGGUCGGUGCUAGUCACGACGUCGUCGGCGCUCAUGCCGUUCUUGCUCUCGGUCGACUGGGCACACCGUGGGCACGUGACGGAAGCGUACAAGUACUUGUACCUCUGGACGCCCCCACCGCGCUGCAGGUUGGCGCUGCAAUUGCUCAGUCCAAAGUUUGCCGACCCGUUCGUACGGGCGUACGCCGUGCGGUGUCUGGACUCCCUCCCCGACUACCGUCUCCGGCUGUACUUGCUGCAGCUCGUUCAGGCGCUCAAGUGCGAGCCGCACCACGACUCGGCGCUCAUGCGUUUCCUCCUCGUGCGCGCACUCAAGUCGCCGUCCGAGGUGGGCUACGCACUGUUUUGGCUGCUCCAAGCCGAGCUUCACGUUCCGAUCACCCAAGAUCGGUUUGCGCUCCUGCGCACGCAGUACCUCUGCCACUCGGGCGUCUUUCGCGUCGAGCUGUACCAGUCGAUGUAUGUGAUGCGCAUUCUGGAGCGGCUCGCGACGGCUGUCAAGGCCGCGUCGUCCGCGACGCGCGACGCCGUCUUGCGCGCGGGGCUCGAAGAGGCCAUUUUGCCCGACUGUUUUCAGCUUCCGUUGCAUCCCAAUGUCUUUUACUCGGCGUUUGUCCCGAGCGAAUGCCGCACGAUGGACUCGGCGAAGAAGCCACUCUUUCUGCAUCUGACUCCGACGAAACAACUCGGGUUGACAUCGACGAUCUUCAAGUCGGGCGACGAUUUGCGCCAGGACCAGCUCACGCUCCAGCUCCUGCGCGUCAUGGACGACCUCUGGCAAGCCAACGGACUCCACUUGCAGCUCUCGGCGUACGCAUGUGUCUCGUCUGGCGACAACAUUGGCUUUAUCCAAGUCGUGCACCACGCGUCGACGCUCGCGGCCAUUUGCCGCGACCGGCACAAGCACAAGAAGACAGGUCGCAAGCUCGCGGCGGUCAAAACCGCGCUCUUUGGGAAGCGCGUGUAUGCGCAAUGGCUCCAUGACCAGCGCGAUGCGAGCAGCGACGACGUUGUCCGCAACUUUGUGCUGUCGUGCGCCGGGUACUGCGUCGCUACGUACGUGCUUGGCAUCGGCGACCGGCACAACGACAACUUGAUGCUCACGGCGUCUGGUCAGUUUCUACACAUUGAUUUCGGCCACUUUCUCGGGCACUUCAAGACGUACAUGGGCUACGCUCGGGAGCGCGCGCCGUUUGUUUUGACCCACGCGAUGGUGACCGUCAUGGGCGACCAGUUCCCGCUCUUCCAAACGACGUGCGUCCAAGCCUUCCUCGUCCUCCGCGCGCACUCGUCUUUCUUGAUCUCGCUCCUCGAGCUCGAGCUGAGUGCGGCCAUCCCCGAGCUCAACCGCAACUCGAUUGCGUGGCUCCAAAAAGCGCUCUUGCUCGAGCUCUCGGACGGCGACGCCCAAAUCCGUCUCGAAGCCCUCAUCCAAGAGGCGCUGGCGACCGUGACCACGCGCAUCAACCACGCCACACACCUCCUCGCGCACUGAGACGACAGCUUCAUGCUUUGGUAGAGAAGGAACCGUGGGGUCAGACCAAUGCAAAAGUGUCGAUUAUGCAAACCA